AUAUGUACAUCGAAGAAUAUUUAGCAAGAAUUGGAUACAAAGGCUCCCAUGAAAAACAUGAUUUGGAAACCUUAACUGCAAUCUUCCAGCACCACAUCCGAACUGUUCCAUUUGAAAAUCUCAGCAUCCAUUGUGGGGAAACCAUUACCUUGGAUUUAGUCCAGGUUUACAACAAAAUUGUAAGGAAAAAGCGUGGUGGAUGGUGCAUGGAACACAACCAACUUUUAUGUUGGGUGCUGAAAACACUGGGAUAUGAGACCACUCUUUUAGGAGCAUAUAUAUACAACCUGCACCAAAACACAUAUGCUUCCCAAAUGACCCACCUUCUGCUAAAGGUGGAUAUUGAUGAUAGAGCCUAUAUCCUGGAUGGAGGCUUUGGUGUAUCCUAUCAAAUUUGGCAACCAAUGGAACUUAUUUCUGGGAAAGACCAGCCUCAGACUCCUGGCAUCUUUCGCUUCACAGAAAACAAUGGGACCUGGUACUUUGAGAAAAUAAGAAGGAAACAAUACAUUGCCAACCAAAGCUUCUCUAAUUCUGAUCUUCUAGAAAGAAGUGAGUGCAGGAAAAUUUACUUGUUCAGUCUUGAGCCACGAACAAUCAGAGAUUUCCAGUUCCAAUGUACGUAUCUUCAGACAUCUCCAGAUUCCCUGUUUACAAAGAAGUCAAUCUGCAGCCUGCAGACCACUGAUGGGUUUCGAGCUUUAAUUGGGUGGACACUCAUUGAGACAACUUACAACUACAAGGACAACACAGAUCUGGUAGAAUUCAUGACUCUUAAAGAUGAAGAGGUGGAGGAGACACUGAAAGAUAAAUUCAGCUUAACAUUAGAGAGAAAAUUUGUCCCAAUUAACCUCAAAGGAUUGUAUGUGAUUUAGUGUAGUGCUAAAACAUACAAUAAUUCUAUGCAAUUGUAGCAUCUUUCACAGUCUAAUAUGACAUUCAAUAAAUGACCUAAAAUCCAUUAAUACCAGGUUAAAAUGAGAACUUAAGUUCAGAAAAACAGGCACUUCAGAGUCCCAUGUUGAUUAGUUACCACCGAGAGAAUAAAUGGAGCCCACACACACUUUUGUGGGCACAAAUUUAGAGACUGGUUUGAGGCUGGAUGAAGAUCUGAGAGGACAUGUGGUCCAGGGAGGAAAAGUUUUCUAGUGGUGUAAGAACACAACUCGGAGAGGAGUACUGGGGUUUCUGUGCUACUGACAUAUAUAUGCUGGGACCAUUAGGGAAAUCACAUUUCCAAACUUGGCUGCUUAAAUUUAGACACCUGAAGAUCAGACCACUUAUUUAGGUCUGAAAUGUGGAUUUAGAAGUACUGUACCAAGCAUUCAACUCCAUAUCCCCAUUUUACAGAUGGGGAAAAUAUACUUCCCCACCUCCAGGGUGUGUUAGGAGGAAUAAUUCAUUCAUGUAUGUAGGGCACUUUAAGGUCCCCAGACUUACAAGUGCAGAGUAUUAUUCAAUUUCUCUCUGUGAUUACUACAACGAACCACACAUGUUAAUUAUGUUUAGUAUGUCCAUUUUUUUCUUAUGAUGCUUUUGUAGUGGUACUAAUUCACAUCCUGUCUAAAGGAUGAAUUGUAAAAAUGGUGCCCAAACUUGUUUCUCUAUUGUGCCUACUUCCAUUCCACAUGGCCACAAACUGAAAUUCCUUAAAGACAGAUACAAAUGGGAAUGUUAUCAAGGUGACGAGCAUAAAAAGCAUCCAACUGAAUCAAGUCUAUUUAAAGAAACCCCUUGUCUAACUAAUGAGUCCCCUCUUCUAAUAUCUGUGGUUUUGCAAUUGCAGUUCCCUGUUCUAAAAAUGUU